GAAUUUAAAUAGCUCAGUAUGUCAAUCAUGCCCCUACCCCCACAUCAACCUUUCGCCAUAUUGGGCGAAAGAGAAGGGUUGUCUGCAGUUUCUCUCGCUACGGGACAAAAUUGACAGAGCGCCUUCAGUUCCUGAGCACUUUGUUUUGAUGAGACUACGCAGGGCUUCACAACACGGCGGCUGUUCGCGUCUGCGUUCCGACGUAUGCAUGGCAUAACGCGUUUUACGCUUGUUUUGGAGCUUUCUCAGCGACGAGGAGAUAACCGUUGUUUUUGAGUGGUGUGUGUGUGUGUGUGUGUGUGCUGCCUUUUUGUUUGUUUGUUUUUUUCCUCCUCGUGAAAAACUGGACGCUCCGGGCUGUUUUAAAAAAUUGCGUGUUUCGCUGGAGCAAAAUGUCAGAUGUUCGACUUUCAAACGGGAGCCCGACGCUGGAGCGGACGGACUCUCGGCUGUCUGAACACCCGAAACCGUCAGCCUGCAGGAGCCUCUUCGGCUCGGUGGAUCACGAAGAGUUAAAGAGGGAUUUAAAGGGACAUUUGCGGGAGUUGGAAGAGCGCGCCUCCGACCAGUGGGGCUUCGACUUCGCCACUGACACGCCGAGGGCCAACUCCAGGUUCGAGUGGAAACUAGUGGAUUGCAGAGACCUGCCGGGCUUCUACACUCGGCAGCCGCUUACGAAGAAAGGCGUCUGCUCCACUGGGAAUAACAAUGUGGAUCUUAACGGGAAUCACAGUUGUGUUGUGGUGCCUCCGAGCGAAGAUCCCGACAGGGCUGACGGGCAAAUGGAGUGCACGGAACAGUGCACAGCGCUGAGGAAAAGACACGCGUGUCACGAAUCCCCUGUUCCGAGCAAGAGGUCACACAGCAGCUCAGAUGUUAGUUGUCCAAGUCGGAGUCACUCUGCAGAGCACACGCCCAGAAAGACCAGUCCCAAGAGGAAAACGUGAGAAAAGAACUGAAGAUGAAUGCCUCCCCCCCUCCUUGUUUAACAUGGAGAAACCUCAGUGUUGGCUGGUUUGUUUUUUGGUUUUGUUUUAGGGGUUUUUUUGUAAUUUUUUUUGUUUGUUUGUUUUUAGUCUAGUGUUUUGUUUUGUGGGGGGGGGUUUGUUUUGUUUUUUUGGAAGAGGAUCUACACAGCAUCAGAAACAUAUCAACCUUCCUGAAGAUUGGGGAGGACGCUGUUGAAGCACUGAAUAGAAACACUAAAUUUUUUUUGGCACUUAAUUAAAAGUUACUGCCUCUAAAAGCAGUCGAUGUA